UUUUCUGUCAAACCUUCCUUACAAUAAGGACAAUAUAUUGGAGAAGUUAUUAAAAUCCCAGAGGUCACACAAACAGGAAAUAAUUUAUCAUGUCCUUGGCAUCAUUCGAGAUCACUUUGCAGAGGAUGGAAUGACGGAAACUGGUUUUGAUGAUUUUGCUAUUGGUAAGAUAGAUAACCCUUGUGAGAUAACUAUUUAUUUCAUAAUAUUGAUUUUUUUCAAGAAGCUUUGAUUUGGUCUUUUUUUAAUAAAUUGAAAGAUUGUGUUUAAGUCGUGUGAAGGAAAUAGUAGAACAAGGUGUGUGGAAGCUUGAAUAGAAAGUCUGAAUAAUAAAAUUAAGAUAAUGAUGUUUUUGCGAAGAGCCUCCCUGAGCAAAGCUCUAGACAUGAAGUAUGCAAAUGUAGGCUUAAAGCAGGGUUGAUGUUUGAAAGAAGUGGAAGAAAUCAAAGUGAAAUGACUUCUUUUGCUAAAAAAUCCUAUUCUGAAAUACUAAUUUAUAAAUAGAUGAAUAUAUUAUUGACUCUUUCUCAAAUAUAAAUAACUUCUUUUUUUACAUAUUGAAAACAUGUAAUUGAAAAAUAUGCAGACAAACAUUGCCAUAAAAGUUUUAUUGGCAGUUCCAUCAUUAAAAUGAAGCACUCUCCCUUGGAUCACUUAAUGGUCUAAUUAUCAAACUAAUUUUCAAGUAAAAAUAAAAUGUAUUUUCUGAGUAUCAAUGGAAAAUAGUAUUGGAUCUUGUGUAAUGCAUUUAAUCAUCUGCAACAUUUUCCUACCUUCACAUCGCAUACAAAAACUCAUCUAAAAAUAAUGCCAUUUAGGCAGGAACAUUUUUCAGUUCAUCUACAAUGUAAUGCUACUAUCUUCCUGAUAAUGCCACUCAUUUUACUUAUUAUGCCAUACCCCUCUUCAUAAUAUCACCCACCUCCUCAUAAUGAUAAUACUUCCCCAUAAUGCCACUUACCUCCUUAUAAUACCACACUGCAGUUGACAUAUUGAAAAGUAGAAUUUUAUACUGUUAAUCCAAUGGUUGAUCCAAUGGAUGAUCAAGUGGUUAAAUAGUGAAGUCCAAAAAAUUAAAGAAAUCCUUUCAAACUGUUGAUGUAAAAAAGAAAAUGUUUUUAAAAACAAUUUUUAUCAUUAAAUGACAUAUCACUCUUCUAGUUCUAGAAACUUUACUUGUCCUUUGAUAACUUAACUUACUCUUUGAUAAAUGUAUUCAACUUUUGAUAGCUUAACUUACUAUUUGAUAAAUGUAUUUAACCUUUAAUAACUUACUCUUUGAUAACUUUACUUACCCUUUGAUAACUUAACAUAUUCUUUGAUAACUUACUCUUUGCUAACUUAACUUUACUUACCCUUUGAUAACUUAACAUAUUCUUUGAUAACUUACUCUUUGCUAGCUUAACUUACCCUUUGAUAACUUAUGCUCAAAUAAGACCAUACAUAUUUUUUUUUCUGUUUUCUCAUUACAGCUGAAUACAUCAUUUCCCUGUCAUCUCUCACAUGGGACACCUUUUGUUCUGCAAUCACCGAAAAGUAUUUUCACCUUCUUUGGACGCCAUCUGUUCUGCAGAAUCUAUAUGAUGCCAUUGGUGGGCCAACAUCUCAACAGUCUCAGUAAGUUUCAACAAUUCUAUUAGCAUAUGAUGCCAUUGGUGGGCCAACAUCUCAACAGUCUCAGUAAGUUUCAACAAUUCUAUUAGCAUAUGAUGCCAUUGGUGGGCCAACAUCUCAACAGUCUUAGUAAGUUUCAACAAUUCUAUUAGCUUGUUCAAAGAAUUGUAUUUUGCAUGAGUAACUGUAUCAAUAUUUAUAGUCAUAUAUGUGAUUAAUUUAUUUUGUUCAUGAUUUUCUGUAAAAAUUCAAAAGCAACUAUCCGGUUUGAAAAUAAUAUUUAAUGUUAAAAUAUUUUGAUUUACAAGGAUUAAAUAUUUGAUGAUAUUUAAGUACCACAAAUAUUUAGUGUGUUUUUUGUGUGUGUCUAUUGUAGUCUUUCAACCAAUUCACUGACACGAAAACAUACGCACCAUGAUAAACAAAGGGCGGCACAGUCAAGGCAAGUUACAUCACCUGCUAGCACCCAAUACCAAAGUAGACAUCAACAUCAUCACAGACCAUCAGACCCUACAGGUCAGCUGGAUUCUCAUGCUGCCACAUUGAGAUCUACAGAGCAGAAGACGAAACCCUCAGGACAAAACUGUGAGCCAGAUCACAAACUAAUGCACAGCAAUGAUGCCAGAAAGGAUGAUUCUUCAAACAGGUCAAGCUCUUCGUCAUUACCAAAUGCAUCAACUGAUCAUAUGACCAUUGUGUCCAAUGAGACAGAUGUGCAUCAAGUUUCUGGUCAUUUCAACAAUCAAUCUUUUAACAGCAGCAGUCCUGUAUCCCGCUCUUCCCAUUCAGGCUAUGACAAGAAAGACAAGAGAAAAAUUGGAGAAUUCAGUUCUAAUCCUCAGGCCCAUGUACCAGAUUAUCCUAUAAAACCUCAUACUUCUGCCAGUUCUCCUUCUGAACAUAUCAAUAUUACACAUAACAAGAGAAAUCAGGCCUACUCAAGUGUAUCUGUUCCAAAUGGAUUUGAUAAUAUGACAACACAUUUUACUGACCGAAAACAGACAGUCCAAUCCACACACAGCUUUAAGCCAAAGCCUUUGAAGGAUUACGGAUCUGAAAAUGGAAAUGCCUUAAGCUCAAAUGACGAUAAUGUUCAAGCUCUCCCAGUUUCUAACAGACUCAAUACACCGCACUCUAAGUACAGUUCUAGUCACAGUAGGCAAUUACCUAAAGAUAAUAAAUAUUUGUCACCAAAUAAUGCUUAUAAUAAUACACCCUAUCAGCCCCAGAAACAUAGCCUUGAAAGCAGUGCAAUAAUGAAUUCAAAUCAAAAGUUCAAUCAGAAUAACAGUGCCCAGUACAAUGAUCGCAGCUUGCCAAGACAACAUCAGAAACCAGUUCAAAGAUUGCGGGCACCAUCAGCUCCAAAUUUUCGAUCUACAAAAUCUC